UUUCUCUGUGUCAAGUCAUCAAACUCUCACUUUUCUUGGUAUAUUCUACUCUCUUUCACUCACUUCAAUUUCUUGAGAUGCUAGAUUAGUGUCAUUAUAAUUGUGGAAUGUAUUUUUACUCGUUUGUCAUGUGAAAGUUGAAACCCCUCCAUUCAAUAGGCACCUAAGUUAGUCUCAUAUUUAAUGCUAUUGAAGCUAUUGGCUUGUGUUCAGUUACAGCAUUUGGAAGGAGCAAAAGGGUUGGUACCAGAAAUUCACACACUCACAACAUCAAAGCUUUUGUCAUAAAACAAAAAAACCAAACUUUUCCUGAAUUGGGUUCGUAGAAAAUCAGGAUCUGCUGCUUCAGUGCUUCACUGUUUUGUCUUCUAGCUUCUUCUGGAGUCUUCUUCCAUGGAGAGUAGUAACAAGAUGGAACACUAUGAAGUGAUAGAGCAAAUUGGAAGAGGAAAACUUGGUUCAACCUUUCUUGUUCUGCACAAGACUGAGAAAAAGAGGUAUGUGCUGAAGAAGAUUCGCCUGCCCAAGCAAGCAGACAAGUCCAAAGUGACAGCGCAACAAGAGAUGGACCUGAUAGCAAAACUAAAUUACCCUUAUAUUGUGGAGUACAAAGAUGCUUGGCUGGAGAAGGAGGACUAUAUAUGCAUUAUAACUGGCUAUUGCGAAGGAGGUAACAUGGCUGAUAAUAUAAAGAAAGCUCGAGGAUCUUUUUUCUCUGAGGAGAAAGUCUGCAAAUGGAUGACUCAAUUGUUACUAGCUGUCGACUACCUUCACUCCAAUCGGGUGCUCCACAGAGAUGUUAAGUGUUCCAACAUAUUCCUCACCAAAGAAAAUAACAUUCGGCUAGGUGACUUUGGUCUUGCAAAGCUACUUAUUACUGAAGACCUUUCUUCGCCGGUUGUUGGAACUCUAAAGUACAUGUGUCCUGAGGUCCUUGCUGGUACACCUUAUGGUCAUAAAUCUGAUAUGUGGUCACUUGGUUGCUGCAUGUUUGAAAUCGUUGCACAUCAACCGGCAUUUCGUGCUCCAGACAGGAAUGGACUUAUCAACAAGAUAAAUAGAUCUUCCAUUUCUCCACUGCCAAUUGUUUACUCUUCCACACUGAAACAACUUAUCAAGAGCAUGCUGAGGAAAAAUCCAGAACAUAGACCAACAGCAGCGGAUUUAUUAAGGCAUCCUCAUUUACAACCUUUUGUUCUACGCUGUCGUAAUGCAUCAUCUGUUUUUCUACCAGUUCAUCUUAUAAGUAGUAACUCAAAGGAUAAAACAAAAAACAAAUCUAGUGGUGGCAAUGACCACAGGGACAAAGAAGCUGAACUAGCAGGAAUAGUAAAUCAUUUGGAGCGGGUUUAUCCAAUUGAGGGAAAUGGAGAUGUACAGACACGGCAACGGGCUGAUGACAGCAAGCUAGCAGUGUCAACAAGCGCAGAAGACAACCCUGAGACUAAAAUGGUUGAUCCUACCAGCUACACUGUGGAAUUUUCUACUAGUAUUAGUGGCUCAAAAGAUGGUUCAACAACAUCUGAAUCAACCAUUUGCAGUGUGUGCAAGGAAGGAGACUUUAAAAAUAGACUUUCAAGAGACACAGCUGACAGCGAGAUCACUUCAACAAGUACACUGGAUUCUGUGCAUGAACAACAAGGAUUUGCUGCUGAACAUUUUCAGAAGUCAUAUGCAAUUGACAUAAAUACAGCAUUUAAAAAUGUUGAAGAUACUUUUUCCAACGAAGGUUUCAAUAAAGAUGAAGCACAGAAUGAAGAUGCCAAACCAGAGGACUCCAGUAAAUCAAUUAUGUCCAGUGAAGACAGCAACAGUCAUGAUAAAGAUGAGUACGUUGAUGAGAUCACAUCAAAGAGGACACUAGAUUCUGUACAUGAAGAACUAGGAUUUACCGCUGAACAUUUUACGGAGUCAGAUGUGAUUGACACUAAUGCAGUGACUACUGAAGUUGAAGAUACAUUAUACAAUGAUGCUUUUGAUCAAGCUGAAGCACAGAGAGAAGAUGCCAAACCUGAGGACUCUGGUAACUCAAUAAAGUCCAGUGAAAACAGCAGUAGUAUUGAUAAAGAUGGGUUCACUAAUGAUAUCACAUCAAAGAGUAUGCUAGAUGUUGUGCAUGAAGAACAAGAGUUUGCUGCUGAAAUUUUUCAGGAAUCAGAUGUGAUUGACAUAAAUGCAGUGACUACAAAAGUUGAAGAUAAACUUUGCAAUGAAGGUUUUGAUAAAGCUAAAGGACCUGAGAGCUCCAGUGAAUCAAUAAUGUCCAAUAAAAACAGCAAUGGUAAUGAUAAAGAUGGGUCCAUUGAUGAGAUUGGAACAAAGAGAACGCUGGAUUCUGUGCAUGAAUAUCAAGGUGCUGCUGAAAAAUUUCAGAUGUUCGAAGCAAUUGACGAAAAUGCAGUGAAUACAAAAGUACAAUUGACUAAAGGAUCUGAGAGCUCCAGUGAAUCAAUAAUGUCCAAUGAAAACAGCAAUGCUAAUGAUAAAGAUGGGUCCAUUGAUGAGAUUGCAACAAAGAGAAAGCUAGAUUCUGUGCAUGAAUAUCAAGGUGCUGCUGAACAAUUUCAGAUGUCUGAAGCAAUUGACGAAAAUGCAGUGAAUACAAAAGUACAAUUGACUAAAGGACCUGAGAGCUCCAGUGAAUCAAUAAUGUCCAAUGAAAACAGCAAUGGUAAUGAUAAAGAUGGGUCCAUUGAUGAGAUUGCAACAAAGAGAACGCUAGAUUCUGUGCAUGAAUAUCAAGGUGCUGCUGAACAAUUUCAGAUGUCUGAAGCAAUUGACAAAAAUGCAGUGAAUACGAAAGUUGAAGAUAAACUUUUCAAUGAAGGAUUUGAUGAGGCUCAAGUACAUAUGGAAAAAGCCAAACCUUUGAGCUCCAAUGAAUCAAUGGUGUCCCUUGAAAACAGCAAUGGUAAUUAUAAAGAUGGGUCCAUUGAUGAGGUCCCAUCAAAUAAAACACUAGAUUCUGUGCAUGAAGAGCAAGGACUUACUGCUGAACAUUUUCAGACAUCCGAAGCAAUUGACAUAAAUGCUGUGAAUACAAAAGUUGAAGAUAUACUUUCCCAUGAAGGUUUUGAUAAAGCUGAAGCACAUAGGAAAGAUGCUAAACCUGAAGACUCCAGUAAAUCAAUGUCCAGUGAAGAUAGCAACGAUAAUAAUGAAGUUGGGUCCAUAAAUGAGGAGCCGAUCGUAGAUUCUGUUAACAUUGAACACCACACUGAAACUAAAAGCUGCUUGAAGGAAAAUGAAAAUCCUGAAGCUUUUAGAGAAGACUUACACAUGGACAGCUCGAUUUCUGAGCGUAAUGAUACACUUCUAGGUGGGAAUGAAGGCAGGGAAAACACACACAUAAUCGGUUGUUCCACACAUCAAGAUGACAAUGCCGUUCUAGUUGAUAAGCCACCAAAUGGCAUUUCAAGUGCACAUAUAUCAGUAAGUGGUGAUAAAACAAAGAGUUCGUUGGGUAAUUCAUGCCAGCAAAGAGCUGAUGCUUUGGAAUCUCUGCUCGAGUUAUGCGCCCAACUACUUAAGCAAGGAAAGCUUGAAGAGCUUGCUGCUGUUCUAAAACCAUUUGGAGAAGAUGCUGUUUCUGUUUCAUCCAGAGAAACAGCAAUAUGGCUAACAAAAAGCCUCAUGACCUCACAAAAGUUUAAUUCAGAAACUUAGUUUGUCAAAGUUUCUCAUUGUUUAUACAUCAUUGUAAGAAAGAUGUGUAUUUCCAAAUAUUAUGAGUUUGUUCCUUGAGACUUUUGCUUGAUUGAAGAUUGGUGGCUGGAAAAUAACGUCCUACAAAUUCUUUCUUGGUAAAUGGUUUAUUGUAAAUUGGAUUAAAUUAUAUUUGAAAUGGUUGAAUAUUCAUUGGUGUUUUUCUGUAAGCAAUGGUAAAUAAGGCCUCGAACUUGAGGUUUUAUUUAUUUGGUGGACUUGUUUAAUAGAUAUGUUGAUUCGCUUGGUUU